AUGUCCAUUGACCUGUCAUGGGGCAGCGAUAAGGGCCUGGACGCCUCUGCGGACGCGAUAUCCACGCUUAUGAGCGGGUCUUCCCCGUACCUGGAGACCGUGCGACUUCUUACCCGCGGAGACGACACACUCGAGCUUCAGGGCCUUUCGUUGUCCUCCGCUGCCCCGGGGAUACGACGCAUCCAUUUGAACAUGAUCAACUCCGGCUUCAACGUCAAGCCCUUGGACUGGUCGUGUGUCACAGAGCUCGUUCUUGAUGUCCCGGGUGUCGCUCUUAUGGCUUCGAAGACUGUAAUUUCCGAAUGUACCAGCCUUCACAUCCUGCGACUGACCAUGAAAAACCUCGCGGAGGAAGAUGCGAAGCCCUGCUACAGCGACUUUUCCUUAUUCACCUGGUGGCUCUUCCUUCCUGCUUUGCGCCGGUUCAAGCUGUGUGGGGCCUUCAUGCUUCACCCUUAUCUCUUUGAUAUGAUUCCGAGGGAUGGCUGCAAGCUCGAGGAGCUCGUCGUGGAUCACUAUGCGCCAGGGCCAUUCGAAAUCGAGGAGGAGAAUCUGAGACAGUUCUUCGAAUCCUUACCACACCUGCGGAUUCUGGACAUAGAUGGAGUUACCGAUGCAUUUCGCGCCGAUAUCAUCAAACACCUGACAUUCAAACCUGGACGACCUUGCGGUGACUACCUUCUGUCAAAGCUCGAAACAAUGAACAUCCGUGGUCUUGGCGGGUAG